AUGGCACCAUCAGCCAUCGCAGACCACCAAUCCUCAAACCUCCCUACGACUUCAAACUCGCUCUCCUCCUUUCGCGGCUACGACUAUGUACACUGGUACGUCGGCAACGCCAAACAAGCCGCAAGCCUCUACGUCGCCCGCAUGGGCUUCGAGCGCGUCGCCUACCGCGGUCUCGAAACCGGCUCUCGCGGCGUUUGUUCGCACGUCGUGCGCAACGGCGGUAUUACUUUCGUGCUCACAUCGCCUCUUCGAUCACCCUACAACGACGACAAACUCAACCGACUAUUUCCUAGCCAGGAAGAGCGGGAGAACCUAAAAGAGAUUCAUGAGCAUUUGGCGAGACACGGUGAUGCAGUCAAAGACAUUGCAUUUGAAGUUGAUUCGGUCGACGACGUGUUCACUGCUGCUGUGCAGAAUGGCGCUAUUGUAGUUUCGAAACCCAAGACCCUGGAGGAUGAGAAUGGGCAGGUGAGGGUUGCUACGAUUCGAACGUAUGGAGAUACCACGCAUACCUUGAUCCAAAGACGGGGUCUCGCGGUGCCGUACACAGGUAUUUUCUUGCCUGGAUAUAGGGAUGAGACUGUCUACAGUAGCAGUGAUCCCAUCGCGGCAUUGUUGCCCAAGGUAGAUUUGAAGAGGGUUGAUCAUUGUGUGGGCAAUCAAGAUUGGGAUGAGAUGGAGAAGGUGUGCGCAUACUACGAAAAAGUCCUCGGUUUCCACCGUUUCUGGUCCGUAGACGACAAGGACAUCUGCACUGACUACUCCGCCCUGAAAUCAAUUGUAAUGUCCUCCCCCAACGACAUCGUCAAAAUGCCCAUCAACGAACCCGCGCACGGCAAAAAACAAUCACAAAUCGAGGAAUAUGUCGAUUUCUACGACGGUGCUGGCGUGCAACACAUCGCCCUCCUGACAGACGACAUCAUCAGCGCAAUCACAAACCUGAAAGCGCGAGGCGUGGAAUUCAUCAAGGUUCCCCCGACAUAUUACGAUAAUAUGUGGAUGCGUCUGAAGAAAGCGGGCAUGAUGCCCAAGGAAGCGUGGGAGGACAUUAAGAAGUUGGAUAUUUUGAUUGAUUUUGAUGAGGGCGGUUAUUUGUUGCAGCUUUUUACAAAGCAUCUCAUGGAUCGACCAACUGUCUUUAUUGAGAUUAUUCAGCGCAAUAACUUUUCUGGAUUCGGUGCAGGUAACUUCAGGUCAUUGUUCGAAGCUAUUGAGCGUGAGCAGGCCCUUAGAGGGAAUCUGAUUUGA